CUCUCUCUCUCUCUCUCUCUACAUCGAACCUUCACGAAGGCCAGGGAUUGGUCGAUAGUUUGCAGGUUCGUCUGCUCUCUGCAGCCUUUUUUGUUGAAGCGUGUCAGCUUCGAAGCUUCUUUUAUGUCCGAACAGGUCAUUCCCUUUUUGGGAGCGAUUGGGUUGCUUGGAGAGUAUUGUCCUACAUCCAGAAGAAAGGCCCCACCCUUAUCAGGAAGUAUUGACUUUAUGCAUCUUGUGUCAAUUGAGGAAUACCCUAAGUUUCGUGGUUGCAGCUGGGUGCAACCUUCCCUCCAGAUAGAUAAUCACUCUUUUUGUGCUCAAGAUUCCCUCAAGGAAGACUACAUAUUGAAAUCCAUCAUUUCCUACCUGUGACAUUCAACAUUUUCGUUUGAGAUUUCAAAAUAUAGCUAAGAUGGCUUUACAGAACAUUGGUGCCAGCAAUAGCGAUGAUGCCUUCUACAGGUAUAAGAUGCCCAAGAUGAUUACCAAAAUAGAGGGUCGUGGAAAUGGAAUCAAGACAAAUGUUGUAAACAUGGUUGAUAUUGCAAAGGCUUUGGCAAGGCCAGCUUCAUAUACCACAAAAUAUUUUGGCUGUGAGCUUGGAGCCCAAUCCAAAUUUGACGAGAAAACUGGAACUUCUCUUGUCAAUGGGGCUCAUGAUACACUGAAACUUGCUGGUCUGCUUGAGAACUUCAUUAAGAAGUAUGUCCAGUGUUAUGGCUGUCACAACCCUGAAACUGAGAUCUUGAUUACGAAAAAUCAGAUGGUCCAACUGAAAUGUGCUGCUUGUGGCUUUGUCUCGGAUGUGGAUAUGAGGGACAAGCUCACAAGUUUCAUUACCAAGAACCCACCUGAAACCAAGAAGGGAUCAAAAGACAAGAAGGCAAUGAGGAGGGCUGAGAAGGAACGACUGAAGGAAGGAGAAGCUGCUGAUGAGGAGCUGAAGAAGGUGAAGAAAGAGACAAAGAAGAAGGGUUCUUCUGCUUCCAAGGAUGGGCACACCAAAGCCAGCUCUACCAAAAAGAAAGCUAAUGGCUCAGAUGAGGAUCGCACUUCACCGACUAGAAGCUUGGCCGAUGAGAAGGAAGAUGAGGAUGAGGAUGAAGGUGAUGACAUUCAGUGGCAAACUGACACGUCAAUGGAAGCAGCUCGCCAACGCAUCCAAGAGCAAUUAAAUACCGUGACAGCUGACAUGGUCAUUCUCUCCACGACUGAGUCAGAUCAAAAGUCAAUGGUAGCUGAAAAAGCUAAUGGGAGCCCAAAAAGUGUUUCUCCACUGCCAGAGGAGAAUUCCAAGGCUGAGAAUGGGAAUGCGACCCAUGGGAGACUUGUUAAGGAGAUGAAAGCAAAUCUGAGAAAGGGAGUUGCUGCUAACCAGAUUCAGUCUGUAUUGGGAUCUCUUUCUGGAUCUGAUCAGGAAGUGAUGACUGCUUUUUAUGAGGCCCUCUUUGCGGGCAUUGAGAAAAGCUUUGCAAAGGAGGUUGCCAAGAAGAAAAGCUAUCUUGCUGCUGCUGUUGCUCAGGAUGAGGGCUCACAGUUGCUUUUGCUUCGAGCCAUCGAGGAAUUCUGUUCAAAGUCGAAGUCUUAUGCACUGAAGGAGGUGGGUCUUGUGUUGAAAGCACUUUAUGAUGCUGAUGUCUUAGAGGAAGAGUCCAUAGUGCAGUGGUAUAAAGAGGGACUGGCAGGUGGCAACAAGCGCUCUCCAAUCUGGAAGAAUGUUAAACCUUUCAUUGAUUGGCUUCAGAGUGCCGAGUCAGAAUCUGAUGAGGAAUGAUACAUUUGGUCUUGCUUGAGUUGCUGUCUUUGCUUGCAGGUGUCUUGACGUGUGGUCUGUUUGCGUACUACUAUUCAGUUUGAUUUUGCUUUUCAAUAUUAAUUUGCCUAAACAAGUAGCUGUGUCUAGAGAGGCUGCCUUGCCUCACAGAACGCCUACUCUUGUUGUGUCCUUUAUGUGUUACCCCUCAGUUGUUUGGUCUGGUUGGGUUAGCCAUCUGUUAUGGACAUGAGGAUAUGUGCAGUUUGUUGUUGCUAGUUUAUAUGUUGAAUGUGCCUUUUGAUAUUAAGCUGCUACCUCGUUACUUUGUGUCAGGAUUUUAGACCUAAUUCUGAAACAUUUUCUGUUCGUAUUAUAGUAACUUUAUUUCUUUUUUAUCAGGGA